UUGAAUCUGUUAUUUAAUCCUUUCCCCCUCCCUUCUCAUUAGCAGAUCCCCAGAAACACAUCCCAGCUGAGAAGAGAGAGAGAUAGAGAGAGCCUAGACUUUUAAAUAUGAGAUCAUGCCCCUUAAAUUGUACAGCGGUGAAACAGCAGUUCAGGACAUGUUCUAGAAUAACCAAAGACGUUAAUCAAAUGUCCAGAGGUUAUCCUUGCCAAUCAAUAUUACCAGGGAUAUUGCCAGAUUAUGAUCCGAACGACAAUGAAGCUGGCAUGAAGAUUCUGGAGGACCUGACAGAAAAUGUUUACCAAAUACAGCAGCGGGUAUUGGAGGAGAUAAUAACACGAAAUGCACAUACAGAAUACCUUGAGGGCUUCCUCAAUGGACAGUAUGAAAAGGAACUUUUCGAAAGGAAAGUUCCUGUGGUGAAUUAUGAAGAUAUCAAACCUUAUAUUGAGCGAAUUGCCAAUGGUGAAUCAUCAAACAUCAUUUCUGCUGAACCAAUAACUGAGUUGCUCACAAGCUCUGGCACUUCGGGUGGGCAGCCAAAGAUGAUGCCUUCAACUGCUGAAGACUUGCACAGAAAGACAUUCUUUUAUAAUCUGCUUGUCCCUGUGAUGAACAAGUAUGUAGACGGCUUGGACGAAGGAAAAGGAAUGUAUCUUUUGUUCGUUAAGCCAGAGAUUGAAACUCCCUCUGGUCUAAUGGCAAGGCCUGUCCUAACAAGCUACUAUAAGAGCAAUAACUUCAAGAAUCGACCUUUGAACCGCUUCAAUGUUUACACCAGUCCUGAUGAGACAAUCUUGUGUUCUGACAGCAAGCAGAGCUUGUAUUGCCAAUUACUUUGCGGUUUAGUACAACGAGAAGAGGUUCUAAGAGUUGGUGCAGUUUUCGCCUCUGCUUUCUUACGGUCCAUCAAAUUCUUGGAAGAUUAUUGGAAAGAGCUCUGCUCUAACAUUAGAAAGGGUCAUGUCAGUGACUGGAUCACUGACUCCAGUUGCAGAAAAGUUGUGUCAUUAAUCCUAAGCAGACCUAAUUCAGAAUUAGCCGACUUGAUUGAACAUGAAUGCAGCACUAAAUCAUGGGAAGGGAUAAUUAAGAAGCUCUGGCCUCGAACAAAAUACAUAGAAGUUAUUGUUACAGGUUCCAUGGCACAAUAUAUACCUACUCUUGAAUUCUACAGUGGAGGGCUACCUUUGGUUUCUACAAUGUAUGCUUCUUCAGAAUGUUACUUUGGAAUUAAUUUCAAACCACUGAACAAGCCUUCCGAUGUCUCUUACACCCUUGUCCCGAACAUGGCCUACUUUGAGUUCUUACCGGUGAAGAAAAACCUUGCAGAUACUGAAAAGGAAGCUGUUGAAACUGUUGAUCUCGUGGAUGUAAAGCUUGGCCAGUAUUAUGAACUCGUCGUCACAACUUUUACAGGCCUGUAUAGAUAUAGAGUUGGAGACAUUCUCAUGGUAACUGGAUUCUACAAUAAUGCUCCUCAAUUUCGAUUUAUGCAUAGGCGGAAUGUGGUAUUAAGCAUUGACACGGACAAAACCAAUGAGGAAGACCUAUUAAAGGCAGUGACAAAGGCAAAGCACCUCGUUGAGUUGCUUGGCUUCCUCUUGAUCGAGUACACUAGCUAUGCCGACACUUCCUCCAUACCAGGUCAUUAUGUACUAUUCUGGGAGCUCACAAAUAAAGGGAGUAAUGAUCUGCUUGUACUUGAUCCAAAGAUAAUGGAGGAGUGCUGCUCCACGGUGGAAGAAUCACUUGAUUCUGUUUAUAGAAGAUGUAGGAGAAAGGACAAUUCAAUUGGACCAUUAGAGAUAAGAGUGGUAAAAGAUGGAACAUUUGAUGCACUCAUGGAUUUUUGUGUAUCUCAGGGAUCUUCAGUUAACCAAUAUAAGACACCAAGGUGCAUCAAAUCUGAGGAGGCCAUAAAUAUAUUAGAUUCUAGGGUGGUAGGAAGGUUUUUCAGCCAAAAUGCUCCUUCUUGGGAGCCGUUUUAA